GUGAGUUCAACUUCGAAAGAAAACUUGAGCGGAUAGAUGAGUGUCAAUCAAUUUUCAUUUUCAUUUUCUUACAAUGGCAGGAACUGGUUUCUACACCUCCUGUCUUUCCUCUACCAGCAACUUGGGGACAUGUUGGUUGGUAUUAAAAACUCACAAUGCAAGGGCACUGCCAGGGAAACUACCUGGAACUGGUAUGAGAAGAUUGGCGAUAAGAGCAGAAGUGGAGUUUGUGACCGCUGACAAGGCGAGGGAACUUGUAGAAGUGAAUGGGUAUUCUGUUCUUGAUGUGAGGGACAAGAAUCAAUUUGAACGAGCUCACAUAAAAUCUUGUAGUCAUGUGCCUCUUUUUAUUGAAAACAAAGACAAUGAUCCUGGUACUAUUAUCAAAAGACAACUGCACAAUAAUUUUUCUGGGUUGUUCUAUGGGUUGCCAUUCACUAAGCCAAAUCCUGAUUUUGUACAAUCUGUUAAGACCCAGUUUCCACCUGAAAGUAAACUCUUGGUUGUGUGCCAGGAAGGACUGAGGUCUACUGCAGCAGCAGAAAAGUUAGAGAAAGCUGGUUAUGAAAAUAUAGCAUGCAUAAUAUCUGGCCUUCAAACCGUAAAACCAGGGACAUUUGAGUCUGUCGGGUCCACAGAGUUGGAGAAUGCAGGCAAAGCUGGUUUGGUGACAAUCCAAGGAAAAAUCUCAACUGUGUUGGGAACUAUUCUUGUUUGUGCAUAUUUAUUCGUUACAUUCUUCCCUGAUCAAGCAGAGAAGCUAUUCCAAUUGGCCCCUACAGGAUAAGCCUAAAAAUUCCAUUAUAGUCUUUCUUGAUUUUGUUCUUUCCCACUCUUUAUGCAUGUAGAGUAAUUAAGGAACGUGUGAUUAGAAUGAGGAACAAAAAACAGAAGAUGAAAUAUGAAGAAAGUGAUGGAAGAGUUAGUAGCGUGAGUAUGGCUAUAAUUGUUUAGUAUUCUCCGUUGAGAAAUGAGUAUACACAUUUGGAAUGUUAAAGAUACCAGUUAUUUAGAAAUUACACUGCUACUGUAAUUUUCCUUUGAAGAUAGUUCUUUUUCUUUUCUUUGAGAAAAGA